AUGGAAGAAGAGCUCAAAUGUCCCGUUUGUAAAGACUUCUUUGCGAACCCAAUACUUAUGCCCUGUUAUCACACUCUAUGUCUUACCUGUGCUAUCAGUCUUCAGCAACCAGUCGGUGCUAAUCAACACAACUCCUCCAACAAUAACAACAUAAAUCCAGUUGCCAUUACUUCGCCCACCAAUGCCUCCACUUAUAUCGUGACGGCGACUGUCCAUCAAAGUGCCGAUGAGAGCGUCCACACCAGUAGUAUUAGUGGUGACAUCAGUGCCACCUGUAGUACCACUGGAAGUGAGAUCAGCGACGCCGACAAAUUGAGUUUAUUAAGUGAGACCGACUCCGGGGUCAUCUGUAACUCCCGACCCAACAGUUAUGUGGGAACGCCUAACAUCCAGGCCAUCCUCUUCCCACCAUUCCUCCAGACACUCAACUCGACAUCUCUGUCGUGUCCUGUCUGUCAAAAACUGAUUUAUCUGAACGAAAGCGGAGCCAAUAGUUUACCGAAGAAUAGGACGAUGCAGUCGAUUGUCGAGAAGUACUGCUCUUCGAGUGAGUCCCAGACUCUGUGCCAACUCUGCGAGAAAGAGCCUAAAGAGGCGUCCGUUAUGUGCGAACAGUGCGAAGUCUAUUACUGCGAGACCUGUCGGGAGAGAUGUCACCCCCAAAGAGGACCACUGGCCACACAUAAGCUCAUUGCCGCACAUCUCACCAAACAUCUCAUCAGAUCCAGAAGCAGACAUAAAGACUUUGCGCUCAAAUGUGUCGAACAUACAGAUAAUUGUUUGGAAAAGUUUUGUAUCAAUUGUAAACUACCCAUUUGUAAUACCUGUGCCCAAGAGGGUCGCCAUUCUAAUCAUGAUAUCCAAUCGUUGGCUAUAAUCUGCAAAGCACUCAAAACACGAAAACAGCAAUUACUGACUUUUGCGCGAAAAGAAAAGGACUAUAAAUUGCGAAUAUUGAGAGAACAAGUGAUGGCCUGUACCUCCAAAUUACAGCAAACCACUGGACUCAUCCACUUCUGCAUUGAGGCCCUCAAAGAUAACGAUAACAUGAGUUAUCUUCAGAUUGGAUCGUCUCUAAUAAGUCGUGUGUUGAAUGUAGAGAUGACAUGGCAUAAGGACAUGAACACAGCUCCCUGGGUAUCACCAGAGUUUGAUCUGACACUCGACUGUCAGCCCGUUCUCAUGGCUAUUGAACAGUUGAAUUUCUCGCAAAUGAAACCACCGGGACCUCCAAUACUAAUCCCAGACGAGUGUUUGUCAGAAAACAACGGCAUAACAGUGGCCUGGCAGCCACACCCGUCCAGUUUUGUCGAGGCAUUCAUCCUCGAACUCGAUGACGGAAAUAACGGCGCUUUCAGAUGCUUUUUAUUAUGUUUAGGCGCCAGUAGUUUACAGCAGUCCUCCUCCAAUUCACAACUGAUACUUCCCGUGUGUUAUGAGAUGGAUGGCCUGCACUUCAACUCUAUAUAUCGACUUCGAGUAAAGGCUUACAAUAGUAGCGGAGAGGGAGCCUAUAGUGAUGUGAUAUCUCUGCAGACUGCAGAUGUUGCCUGGUUUGCAUUGGAUCCACUGUCAGCCCAUUCCGAUAUUACCAUCACAAACGAAAACCAGACCCUCACAUGUGAUAGUUAUGAGCAUAGAGUGGUUUUGGCAAAUAUGGCAUUUUCUCGAGGAGUUCACUACUGGGAGAUUAAUGUCGAUAGAUAUCUGAACAAUGCAGACAUUGCUUUGGGUAUCGCUCGGGCAGACGUCUCCAAAGACAAAAUGCUCGGGAAGGACUCACUGGGUUGGAGUAUGUAUAUCGACAAUAAGAGGUCGUGGUUUCUGCACUCCGACAGACACGACCGUAGAUGUGAUGGUGGUAUCGAUAAGUGCAGUGUUAUCGGAGUACUGCUUAAUAUGGAAAGGCAUGAGUUGUCGUUUUACGUGAACGAUGAGCACCAGUCAGGGAUUGCUUUCAAAGAACUCAAAGGCGUCUUUUACCCGGCAUUCAGUGUCAACCGAAACGUAACCAUAACCGUCACCACUGGUAUUGAGCCGCCCCUCAGUAGCGGAUCCAACAGCGCUCUCGAGAGCGAAUCCAGUGAUGGCGAGAUCAAGAAACCCACGAAAUAAUUAUUGUUUUAAGUUUCAUCAUAUUUUAUACGACAACUAGUCUUAACAGAAGUUUGAGUUUUUAAUCGAUUCUAUUGUCUAAAACUUUAUCUUAAAUGUCAG